AUGAAAGGGGCUGCUGCAUGUAUCAUUGUCUAUGAUAUAACUAGCAAGGUUUCAUACGAAAGGGCCAAGAUGUGGGUAGAGUACAUGAAGCGUGCAGCAUCCAGAUGGGAUUUUGCUCUCCCUGUCAUGGCACUCGCUGGUAAUAAAGUGGAUUUGGAGGAUAAGAGACAAGUUACUACAGAGGAUGCAAAGCUUUUUGCUGAUCAAAAUGGUCUGAUUUUCAUGGAGACUUCUGCCAAGGUUGAGACCAACAUCAAGGAACUUUUCUUUAAAAUAGCAACGACGCUCGCAGCUCAACCUGUUCAUGCCGAGUGUGUUAUAAACCUUGGAGACCCCUGUCCAGCAGCAGAACCAUCAAAGUCGCCUCGUCCAUGUCAUUGA